AUGUCUCCCCUUUUAUCCCACCAUCAGAAAUCGGAGCAGGCAUUCCUCAUGCCUACUAGCGCAACUCGUCGCCGGGGUAGCGCAGACUACCGCCCCAGCAUAAAUAAGGCCAAGGGGCAUAUUCCUGCAUGUCUGGUCAACGCCUCGGUGACGUAUUGCAACGACGAUCAGAUCUAUGCCUUUGGCGGCUUUGAUCAAUACACAGAUGAAGUGUACAACCAUGUCUUGAGACUCAACCUGGCCACUUUGCGAUGGGAGCUGAUUGACAAUUAUGGGGAUAUCCCUGGGGUUCGCAUGGGCCAUACUGCCAAUCUUCACAAUGAAGACAAACUGAUCGUAUUCGGUGGAGAAAAUGAACAUCGCGAAUACCUCUCGGACGUGGUUAUUUUGGAUAUCCCUACAUCCACUUGGCAUCAACCGGAAAUUCGUGGACCGAUCCCGCGCGGAAGGGCUCGCCAUGCUGCCGUCAUCCAUGAUGAUAAGCUUUUUAUUAUUGGAGGCGUUACCGGCGAGAGCAACGUCAUCCUCGAUGAGCUGUCAUAUCUCGACCUGAAGACUUGGACCUGGUCUCGUUCCUGGAGAUUCACAGCUCGAUUCGAUCACAUUGCCUGGGUCUGGGGCGACCGCCUGUGGAUAUUUGGGGGCCUAGAUCCGGAUAUGGAGCGCACGACUGACAUCUGGUGGCUCGAUCUCAAAGGCAUCCCCUCUCUCGGAAUGACAGCUUCUCAAGGUACCGUGGAUUCCCAUGUUCAGCUCGGCAACAUGACUCAUAGCCCAGAUGAAAUGCCUAGUACCUCAUCGCAUCAACUAAGUGCUCGGUCCAACAACUAUGCGGCCAAUUCGGGAAGCGUCCAAGUUCGCAACUCCAACCGUCGGAAGCCGAUUGCCCCCGGAGCAAUCUCCUGCCUCAAAUUCUCCUCCGGCCCUCACGUCCCUGCGCUGUUCUCCGGUACCCACUUCCAGGCCUAUGCGUCCGGCGUUCUACUGGAUUUGAUCACCCCGUCGGAAACAGUGCGUACAGCCGAGUGCAACCUAUCGUCUCUGGACCUUGACUCCUUGCGAUGGCAGAGAUUAGCCGACGGCCAAGAAAUUUUCAAUCCCGGAUAUCGCUGGCAUUACUGCACCAUAGAUCCGAGCGGCACCAAAGCUUGGCUACUGGGCUGCAGUUUGGACGUUGGUGCGACCCCCGGAACCGGCGAUGACAAUCAUAUGAUCGAUGUUCUCUGUAUAAACCUGGAAAAAUAUGGCUUACUAGGCAACGAGAUGACGAAGUUCUCGCCGGACCAGAGCAGGACGAUGUAUCACGAUCGUUCAGGGCUGGGGCCCAUUUCUGGCCUUGGCUCGGACCUUUUGGCCGUAUUCGACCAAACACCGGAAUCUGGCAGUGGUGCUGACUUCAUUAUCACCGCUAACCCCGAUGAUCAGGAUGAUUUGGACGAUCCAGGCCAUCAUGUUGUUCAGUCGCAAUUGCAAACGGGAUUGAUUCCCCAUGACGCGGCCUCGUCUCCCCCGAUCCAUGUCCAUCGUCUUAUCUUGCAGAUUAGAUGGCCGCAUUUCAAAAGACUGUACUCGGCCCAGAUGGCAGAGUAUCACUCUAAGAGGAUGCACAUUCCCGAACCUUACUCUGUUGUCCGCGCGUUUCUCUACUACCUCUAUACCGGCAGCAUUUCGGGUCAUCCGGAAUAUUGCCCUGACAUUAUCGACGUGGCGGGUAUGCUCGUGAUGGCGAACCUUUACGAUUUGCCCACGUUGCGUCUUUUAUGCGUCAACCGGCUGAGCCGCGAACUGGAUGUCGAAAACGCCGCCAUCAUCUGGGAACGAGCUGGCAGGACGAAUGAGGACUGGCUCAAGGGACGCGCAGCCCAGUUCUGCCUUAACCACUGGGGUCAAAUCGUGCGGACCGAUGGGUUUAAGUCCCUCAACCGGCAGAGUCUCAUUGAUUUAUGUGGAGUUGUAGACUUGGAAAGCCGCAUCGUCGGUGGAUCAGAGCUAGAAGGGGCGCUCGAAGGCCACGGUCGAGAGCACAAGCCUUCCCAACUGACCAUCCCUGGAACCGCGGCUGAAGAGGCCGAUGAAAUUGAGGUUGAUGAUAUGGAGGCGAUGGAAAUGUCUUAG